AUGGCCGCGUCACUGGUGAGGAAGCUUCUGCAGAUCCAGGCUGUAGAUAAACAGAUCGGCUUCACCAUCUCCCGGCAUCUGGCCCAGGAUGCGGCCCACGUGGUGGUCAGCAGCCAGAAGCAGCAGAAUGUGGGCCUGGUGGUGGCAGCAUUGAAGGGGGUGGGCCUGAACGUGAUGGGCACCGUGUGCCACGUGGGGAAGGGUGAGGACCGGCAACAGCUGGUGGCCAUGGUCCUGGAACACUGCAGGGGUGUUGACUUCCUGGUGUGCGUGCCAGGGAUCAAUCCUUUGACGGAAAGUACCGUGGGGAGCAGUGAGCAGGUCUGGGACAAGACUCACCCGCAGAGAGCAAGGCCAGAUGCCUGCACUCUGAGCCUCAGUCCCCCAUCUAUCCUGGGCGUGAAUGUGAAGUUCUCCACCCUGCUGCGGAGCCAGCUGCUGAGGGCAGGGAAGCGGGUAGGGAGGGAGUCAUUUGGUGUCAAAUACAGAGCAGGGGAGCUCGAGUGA